AUGGCUUCAGAUGGGAGCCUGAAUGUUACACUGACGCUGAGACUGCUGAUGCAUGGAAAGGAAGUUGGCAGCAUAAUUGGGAAGAAAGGAGAAACGGUCAAGAAAAUGAGGGAGGAGAGUGGCGCUCGUAUCAACAUAUCAGAGGGAUCGUCUCCUGAGAGAAUAGUUACCAUCACAGGACCUACAGAGGGCAUCUUCAGAGCUUUCUCUAUGAUCGCGCAGAAGUUUGAAGAGGACAUUACUGCAGCGAUGACAAACACCAACGUGACAAGCAAGCCACCUGUGACACUUCGCCUGGUUUUCCCAGGGAGCCAGUGUGGCUCACUGAUUGGCAAAGGAGGCUCAAAGAUCAAAGAGAUCAGAGAGACCACAGGCGCUCAGGUUCAGGUGGCAGGAGACAUGCUGCCAGACUCUACAGAGAGGGCUGUCACGAUCUCCGGCACUCCGCAGGCCAUCACUCAGUGUGUAAGGCACAUCUGUUCUGUCAUGCUGGAGUCUCCACCAAAAGGAGCGACUAUUCCCUACCGUCCCAAGGCCAUACCUGCAGGAGCCCAUGCAGUAUUAGCGCCUCAGCACUCUGCACAAGCCUUUGCAAUCCCAGGGCAGUAUGCUUUUGCACAUCAAGAUUUGACCAAGCUUCACCAGUUGGCUAUGCAGCAUAUCCCCCUCCCUUCCCUUGGGCAGAGCAACCCUACCUUCCCUGGAUUGGAUGCAUCUGCCCCCACAAGUUCACACGAGCUGGCAAUACCUAAUGAUUUUAUUGGGUGCAUAAUUGGGAGACAAGGCAGCAAGAUCAAUGAGAUUCGCCAGGUCUCUGGAGCUCACAUCAAAAUUGCCAGCGCCACUGAUGGCUCAGCCAUGCGCCAAGUCACGAUCACAGGCUCGCCGGCCAGCAUCAGUGUGGCCCAGUACCUCAUCAAUGCCAGGCUGUCCUCAGUGCUAACAGGCUUGGGUGUUCUGUAGUAGCGCUGCACUGUUGAAGUUCUGAUGGGAUUAUCCUAAAGCCACACUGGAUUCUAGUGGAUUUCACUCUACACAGUAAUCCUGUAGAGCGGGACUGGCCUAACUAAUUCAUUUACUGUUUCUUUAGCGUGUUUCUUGUUUA